GUUUUUCUCUCCACACAGUCUUUAAAUCAAAGGGGGAAGCUGAAGAUGUAACAGAUACAGUGUAAAAUACUCCGGAAGUGGCAAAUCUGUGGAGUGGAGUGGAUUUAUUGUGUCGGGUUUACACAGAGAACUGGAAUUAAAGGUUGACUCUGUUUCACUUGUAAGGGAGACAAGCUGAUAGCGUUCGAACGGUUUGUUUCGAGAUGGUGACUAAUAUCACCACCACCACCACCUCCGCCGCCCAGGCGUUGCCCAUCAGCGUCUCGGCCCAGGUCGGCAUCGCCAUCCUGACCCUGGCGUUCGUGCUGGGCUUCCCCGGGAACCUGUUUGUGGCUUGGUCGGUGUUCUGUAAAGUGAAGAAGCGCUCAGUGACCUGUUUGUUGGUUCUGAACCUGGCAAUGGCGGACGCCUUUGUGCUGCUCAGCGCGCCCAUGUUCCUGCGGUACCUGGGUGGAGGCCGGGGCUGGGAGUUUGGGUCGGCACCGUGCAAGCUGGUGCACUACCUGUCGAACGUGAACAUGUAUGUAUCCAUUUACCUCAUCUGCUUGAUGAGCAUGGACCGAUGGCUGGCUGUCACAAGGCCUUUCAUCUCCCAGAGAAUGCGGACCAAGCGCUCCCUGCUGUUUCUCCUGCUCGGGGUGUGGACCGUGGCGUUCAUCCUGGCUCUGCCGAUGCCUUUUUACCGCAGCGUCCUUAAGGUGCAGCUAUCAAACAACAUGACUGUGGUCCUCUGCACUCCCUACCACUGGCAGAGUGUCGGUCACAAAGUCUUCCAGUACCUGUUUGAGACCAUCAUGGGCUGCGUGGUGCCCUUCACCCUCAUCAACACCUGCUACACCUCCGUCAUCUGCCGCCUGCAGAGCGCCAUGUUCCAGCGUAAAGGCCGAGGCACUCGCCUCAUCCUGAUGAUCAUUAGUGCCUUUGUCGUGUUCUGGCUGCCGUAUCACAUCGUCAACAUCAUAGAGGUGGUCGGUCUUUUACAAAACAACAAGUCAUUGUUAGAGGCGGCUAAAGUCGCUCGACCAAACGUCACGGCCUUUGCCUACUUCAGCAGCGCAGUCAAUCCCAUCCUCUACGUGUUCGCCGGCAGCUCCCACAUCCGCCAGGCCGGCCUCAGCUUCAUGGGUAAACUGUUUGAGGGCACCAACUCGGAGAGCAGGAGCACGUCCACCUUCAGCCGCAGCGGCCGCAGCAGCUGUCCGGACGAGAGCACUGCCCUUCAAUCGCUGUCUGUCAAACUCACCAAGCCUUUCAAGAGCAAGAAGGCGAGGAGCGACAGCGAGGCGGGAAACGCGGUCGAGGCUCUGGCCGGUGUCGAGCAGCUCCAGUAGAGUUCACCUCGGACAAUAUUUGUGAAAUCAUUUCAAACUUUGCUUUAAAUAUAGGUUUUAUGACUGAUGGAAUUAAACAGAAAUGCCUGCCAUGAAACAAAAAAUGGUUAGAAAUCUGAAUCCAACAAGGAAAUGAAAAGUAAUACACAGAAAAAUAAUGACUGAAUCAGUUUCUGUAUUUAUAAGACCUGGUCAUGUAUAGCAGUGUAAAUAAUAACAAAUCAUUUGUAAUCUUUUAAUUGUCCUAAAAUGGUGAGGAUUUAGCCAAAAAGCAACUACUACAAUUUAAUAAAACUUUCACACGAGCACUCAAA